UAUUAUUAUUUCUUUUUGUUUGAGAAGCACAUUAGUUUUAAAUCUUUAAUUAUUGUAGAAUAAUUUAAUUGACACUUUUAUGUUAUUUUGAUUGGUUUAUUUUAUUUAUUUAAAUGUAUUUUUCUGUUAUCGCCAUUAUUGAUUUCAUUGUAAUCAUUUACCUGCUUCUCACACUUAUUUUUAGCUACCUUUUUUAUUUAUUUUGGUUUUAUAAUAAUAAUAAUAAUAAUAAUAAUCAGCAUCAUCGUCAUUGCUAGGUCGUUAAUAUUAGCACGAGAAGUUGUUUUGUAUUCCGGGUCGCGAGUGUUAGUCUCUCGCACUUCAGAUGUUUGGUAUAAAAUGAGAUGUUUAAUAGACAGUUAGUCGUCAUAGCGAGCAAUAAUGUCAGUCAUAAAACUCCUGCAACUGUGCAACGCCGCAGCGUGUGGUGAUGUUAGUGUACGGUAAUCUCGUUAUGAUGAUCGGUAUCGUGUGUGUGUGUGUGUGUGUGUGUGUGUACGAUACGUCGCCCGGGUGUCCGUCACCGAGUCCGAGUCAGAAGUGUGUGUUUGUGCAAACGGUGGAGAAUUCCCCCGAGCGCUGGUCAUUUAUUAAUCAGUGACAGAAAUGAAAUUAUCCCAGAACACUUCUCGCUGUGUUUAACGUCUUUCACACGGCAGCGUCAUGGGACAGAGAGAGAGAGAGAGAGAGAGGGCAGUCCUCUCUCGGCAUUAAGCAGGAGGAUAAAGGCUGAAGAAGGUUUGUAUUAUGAAGCAGGACAGAGGAACUCUGGUAGAAACGGGUUCAGAGGCAGAGGACAGGAUGGAGAAAGAAGGCGGAGUGUCAGACAGCGAGUCCAAGCCCGACUCCGGUGUACCCGACGUUCCCACAACCUCCGACGACACCCCCGAGGUGCUGAACAAAGCCCUGUCAGGCCUGUCGUCACGGUGGAAGAACUGGUGGGUGAGAGGAAUCCUCACCCUGGCCAUGAUCUCCUUCUUCUUCUUCAUCAUUUAUCUCGGCCCGAUUGUGCUGAUGAUGAUCGUGCUGUGCGUGCAGAUAAAGUGUUUCCAUGAGAUCAUCACCAUCGGCUACAGCGUGUAUCACUCCUACGACCUGCCCUGGUUCAGGACGCUCAGCUGGUACUUCCUAUUGUGUGUGAACUACUUCUUCUAUGGUGAGACGGUGACCGAUUCCUUCUUCACGCUGGUGCAGAGGGAGGAGCCGCUGAGGAUUCUCAGCAAAUACCAUCGCUUCAUCUCUUUCGCCCUCUAUCUCUCCGGGUUCUGCAUGUUCGUAUUGAGCUUGGUGAAGAAGCACUACCGGCUGCAGUUCUAUAUGUUCGGUUGGACCCACGUGACUCUGCUGAUCGUGGUCACUCAGUCCCAUCUCAUCAUCCACAACCUGUUUGAAGGCAUGAUCUGGUUUAUCGUACCCAUCUCCUGCGUGAUCUGUAAUGACAUCAUGGCCUACAUGUUUGGAUUCUUCUUUGGCCGAACUCCUCUCAUCAAGCUGUCUCCUAAAAAGACCUGGGAAGGAUUUAUUGGGGGAUUUUUCGCCACCAUAGUGUUCGGAAUCCUGUUGUCCUAUGUGAUGUCAGGUUAUCGUUACUUUGUGUGUCCAGUGGAGUUUAAUAACGACUCGAACAGUUUCACGGUGUACUGCGAGCCCUCAGAGCUCUUCCAGCUGCAGGACUACACACUCCCCUCUGUCCUGCAGUCCUUCACUGGCUGGACCACGGUGAAGCUCUACCCCUUCCAGAUCCACAGCAUCGCUCUGUCCAGCUUCGCCUCCAUCAUGGGCCCCUUCGGAGGAUUCUUCGCCAGCGGGUUCAAGAGGGCCUUCAAGAUUAAGGACUUUGCCAACACCAUCCCUGGUCAUGGAGGAAUUAUGGAUCGCUUCGACUGUCAGUACCUCAUGGCCACCUUCGUCAACGUUUACAUCGCCAGCUUCAUCAGAGGUCCAAACCCAACUAAAGUGAUCCAGCAGUUGCUCGCCCUGAGACCGGACCAGCAGCUGUACAUCUACAACUCUCUGAAAGCCCACCUCACCGAGAGAGGCCUGCUCGGGGCGCUGGAGGAGGCGGCCUAAACCCUGAACCUGCACUGAAACCAGAUGGAGCCCUGAGAGCCAGAGAGAGAGAGAGAGAGAGAGAGAGAGAGCAGGAGAGUCAGGGGGUCAUGGGGUCACGGUGUCAGCCUGGAGCAGGAGCCGUGUGGAGGUGGGAGACACGAAGAUCCAGAUCAGGAAAAAGAAAAAAAAACUAAACUAAAGCCUUGGGUCAUUCCAUUUUGUGUGUGUGAGUGUGUGUGAGUGUGUGUGUGAGUGUUAAGAAAGAGAGUGUGUGUUAGCAUUUAGUCAGUGUUUAUUAUUAUUACUGGGUUGUUGUUUUUUUUGUAAGUGAUAUACUGUACGUUUUUUCUUUUAUACCAGAUAAGAUGAAUAUUAUACACAGAGUGACACGUCCUACAUUUUCUUCCAUUGUGAGUCUCACACACGUGUAAAGUUUAUCUAAUAUCUGUGUUGUGAAUAUUUUAGGGUAUGUAUACAUUAUAUAUAUAUUAUAUUAUAUUAUAAUGAUUAUAAUUCUACUUAGGGUGCAGAUGUUUAUGUAUUUUAUUUAGUUUUUAAUGCUCUGCUCUGCUCGCAGCACUGUUAAUUCAACCUCACGUGUAGUUUUACACUCGCGAUCAUGUCCUGGGGAGAAGACGCAGGUUUGGUUUUGUUCCGUCUUACUUUCCCUGGUGGUCAUUUUGGAAGUCGUUUCAUCGUCGUAAAGACGUUAAUCGAACAGUGAGGGAUUUUAAGCGGUAAAGAAUUAAAGGAACAGUAAAACACAUAUAGUAGAUAAGGCAGGAUAUGUUUGGUGUGUGACGUUUGUGUAGCUAACAAGUAAUUAUUAUGGAAUGAAAGACAACCGGGUGUGGUGUUAGGAAAAUAACCCACAGCUGGUAUAGUGUGAUGUGAUGUCGAUUAUCUUCCCCUAUCGGCACAUCCUGAUGUGUUCUAUUCCUUUUACACCACAGCGAUUUCCCAACAGUUACCUUUGUCAUUCAUUAAAAAUAGACACGUGCAUUUUUCUGUUUGUAUUUACAUUCAGCGUUGUUGGAAACGAGAUAUUUCCUGUUCUCACUGACGUUCUAGCAGCUCUAAACUCGUUCCCUCAGCAGCACCUCUCUUUAUUUCUCUCUCUUUCUCUUGAAGUGAAUGAGACGAAAAAGAAAAACACAGCUCGUCGCGUUGCCAAGAAACCGCAACGAAGCGUAAACUCCUGUUACAGAGAGCUGACACUGGAGACUCCUUCCAUACAUGUCACAAAAACACAUUUGUCCUUACAGGAAACUUACAGCAACAGAUCAACGACGACACGUUUUUCAGUUUACGUGGAGCAACACACUCACUUCACAAGCCAAUCGUUUGGGGGAAACAAAACAAAACCCCGUGAAUCACUUGCGUGAUUAAUGUUUAGGCCACGCCUCCUGGCGCAGAGUGACAUCACAAACUACGGGUCGAGGAAGAAAGAGCUUUCGACUCUUUUAUAGAUGAACUCAUGCCUAAAAUCUUCCCCAGCGUGUUCUUUCUCCUGUACAAAGCUAACAAAUCGAUCUAAACACCAGACAUGUCUUGCCCUUACUUAUAUCCUGGGAAAGGAAUAUAAAGUGAUCUCAAUAUAAACCUGGAGACGCAUUUUUAAAGAUACUUUUACUAUCGGAUGCACCGUAUGUCUGUUUGCGUGCUGUGCUCUUCAUCUGGACGUGUUCAGUAUUAGCUUAGCGCUCUGAUAAUCACUGCGUUCGCCAUGAACCGGAAUGUCCUCGUGGGGUUUUUUUUGUUGUUGUUGUUUUGUUUUUUUUGGCUUUUCCCACUUGUGCCCUCCCACGUGUCGCAUUUGAUUGUUACAGCCGCUGAUGUGUGAUGCGGUCGAGUAGGUCACGCGAUGUUUUUGUGUUUACUUGUGUUGUAUCAGUGAUCCGUGUAGACACUGGUUUAAACGUCCUGUGGUAUAUAUCCAGGAGAAAAAGAAGGUCAGCAGUGCAAUAACUCCUCACUGAACGCUCUACUUCUGUACCUCACAUCUCUCAUGUCAUUGUGUUUGGGGUUUUUUUUUUUUCACACGUCUGUGCUGCCAUUCACAACAUUUCUGUCGUGUGCCACUUUCACUCCAUUUUCAAGGCGGGUUAUAUUUCCGUUCUAGCAGUUUCUAGCGUGAUUUGCUAAAUUGUUUUCAUUUAUUUGAACGCAAACUGCGAUAGGCUUAAUUCUUUUUGCGUUCGCGGCAACGCGAGCGGCUACGCUCUUCAUCACGGACACCAGAUAUGAUUCGGCUGAACCGUUAGAUAAUCAGCACAUAAUGUGAUUGGAAGUCAUUUGUUGCACUUGCGGAGCAUGAUCCAGAACACUGUUCGCUAAAUUCUUUUUGUUGUCAAAAAAAAAAAAAAAGAUUCGUCCUGUGAUCGUAAAACGUGAUCGGCUACGAUCUUUUAUCGUGAAAACGAUUGGCCACGUUUCUGAACAUGGAAUACGAUCGGCCAUUUUCUUUAUCGUGAAAAAACAUUAAAGAAGAAAACGAAUUCUUUGUUCGUCGCGAUGGUGAUCUGUGAUCGGCUAAGAUCCUUAUCCACUCAGGUUACGAAAGCUGUUUGUGUCCAGCUUGUCCAAUUUAAUCUGAACUGUAGACCGUUUAUCAGGAAACUUCCACGCUUUUUACGUUCUAGCUUUAAUAAACGGCUGAUUUAUGCCUUUACGACACGUUUCACAGUAAGAAUGUAACCGUUCAGCCGAGGACGAAGCCGGUCUCUCAGAUGUAGGCAAAAGGAAUCAUUUCUCUCACUUCUGUCCUGUUUGUACCCACAAUGCACUGCCAAGCACCAAAUAAAACUCCCAGCUACUGACGUUUCCAAUGAAAUGUUUGCGUUUUUGAUUCCUCGAGUCCCAUUAAGAGUCCAUUCAUAAUGGUGAAUUAAAUCAAAUAUGUCAGUGUUUUUGGGCGGGGUCAUAUAGAUGAACUCGGAGGUCCAAGCAUGUGGAAAUUCUCUGUGGAGUAUAGUAUGCAGAAUGUAAUUACUCGGUAAUAUCCGUAAAUCAUGCCGCGCUCCGAAGCCGUAUACCUUCAUGACAUCAUCGUGACACCAUCAUCACCUUUGUAACCCUGCAGGACCGUUCUCGUAUAAUUACUGAAGCAAUGUGUUUUUAUAGAGAAACUUUAAAAGCUGACAGUAGUACAGAGGGGAUAUAUAGAUAUAUAUUUGGAUAGAAAUGGAUUAUUCUAUUCGUAAUUAUGGAUAGAAUGUGUGUGUGUGCGCAUGCGUGUGUGUGUGGUGUUUGGUGAUAGAUCGAGGCUGUUCUCAGGCUUGUUGAUUGAUUUGAUUUGAUUUUCCAGCUCGACUUUAUAGACUUCUGAGGUUUAAAAAAAACCCAAAAAAUCAUCAUAAACGUUUAAUUGUUUGGAUUUAUUUCUGAAUGACACACAGAAAGGCACAUGCCUGGAUCGUUAAUGCUCAGAAAGGCCACAAGAGGGCGAUAAAGCUCAGUCCUUCCUCACACUGACGUCCAUCUUUUAAGCCCAAAACCACUCGGAUCACCAUCUAGUGACAAUUCAGGAAUGUUCCAUUUACUAACCAGGUGCCAUCUGCACUGAUUUACUUCUUGAUGCUAUUAUUAAUUACACUGGUGUUUUAUUUAUCUAUUUCACCAAAAUCCACCCUGUUCACUACCUAGUGCCCUGUUUAUUUCUAAACUAUCCAACCUACGCCUUGAGAAGCCCUUGAAGAACCCUUUUGAUGGAAUCCUGUACAUCACUUCCAAGAAGACGGUUUCUAAAACUUGUCAAACAAGAAACCUUCUGGUGUCGAGUUCUGAAUAGACCCUGUGAGGGUUCCACCGUAAGGACAGAACUGCAGUGCUUGCACAGUCUCAAGAUUACUCAAAUCUAGAACCUAGGGUUUUUGGUCGUCCAUGUGGAGAACCCUUUGAAGGUUUUGCAUCGAAUUCUACUAUCAGAAACAUUUUCAAACUAGAACCCUUUUAGGAAGAAAAUAACCAUUGGAGAACCCCUGAAGAACAUUUAUACAAGUGUAGGAACACUUUUAGGACAAGCAGAUAAUAAGUCUAUACAGUGCUAGGUGGAACCAUUUUCUCUAAAACGGUAGUACUUGUAUGAUCUUAGAAAAAGAGAUUAAAUCCAGAACACUCCAGGGUUUUUGAUUGUCCAUGGGGGGAAAUCUAGAACUGUUUUAGGAAGCAAAGAACCACCGAAGAACAUUUUCUAAAAAUAUAAGCAUUUAUAUGCAUACAAGACAAAUAAGUCUAAAGGGUGCGAGGUGGAACCCCCCCCCCCCCCCCAAAAUCUGUAGUACUUGUACAGUUUUAGAAAAAGGGGUAAAAUCUAGAACCUCUAAGGGUUCUUUGGUUGUCCUUUUAGGGGGAACCUUUGAAGGAUUUAAACAGAACUUUACAACAGUGUAUAUGAGAGAGGGUUUCAAACUCAAACUCAUUUAGGAAGCAAGGAACCCAUUAAGGAACCCUGAAAGAACACUUCAAAGAGGGUAAGGUUUUACCUAGAUGUUUUAAGGUUUCCCCUAGAGGGCCAAACCAAACAUACCGGGUGCUAGGUUGAACCUCUCUUGCAUGGAAACAAUGCAGCGUGAUGAGGCGGAAUACCCACAAUGCACCAUGUAGUGAAAAUUGUCUGGUUUGGGACACACACUGGGAGUUCUGCACUGGUUAAGGGCGCUAUCUUUUUAAAUGGGCACUAUCUUGGAACCUUCUUGUACAAUUUUAGAAAGGGAAAAAAGUCCAGUCUCAAACCCUUAAAGGUCCUUUGAUUCGUUUUUCGGACCCAUGACUAUACAAAGAAGAACCCCUUGAAGAACCCUUCUAAGAAUGUAUGAAUGUUUUAAGGGUUCCCUGAACAGGACAAACCAAAUAACGGUAGGAUGCUGGGUAGAACGUUAUUUUUUUCUCAAAGCAAUGUGUGCUAACGGGACAGAAGAUCCACAAUGCAUCAUUCCAUGUAGGUGGCGUAUGUAGGGAAUAGGGUGUGAUUUGGGACAAUAACUGAGAACUGAUUUACAUCUGUGAGAACAGUUACUUUUUUCUGUUGGAUUAUUAUUAUUAUUAUUAUUAUUAUUAUUAUUAUUAUUAUUAUUAUUAUUAUUAUUGUGCUCUGUGUUUCCGUUGUUGUUUUUUUUUUUUUUAAAUGCAGUGAUACAUGUGCUCUUCCACAAUCCUGUGCAUUUGUAUUACAGCCAAUAAAAUGGAAAGUUAAGUG